CUCUGCAAGUCAGUCAUUACUUGACCAUUGUACAAGCCAGAACUGCUGAAAUUAAUAAUACACUUGGUAUAAUUUCCCAGUUAUACUUUGCCAUGAAACUAUUUGCCCUUGGCGUCAUAGUGUUUAUCGCGUUAUCGGAGAGUGGGGAAGGUCACCCAACCAGUUUUACCAUCGAUGGUAAAGGAAUAGAAAACAAUGUUCAAAUUGUUGGCGGAGAUCCAGUGGACAUAGAAAAUUAUCCAUAUCAGGUUUCCGUUCAAUCCUAUGGAUCGCAUAUGUGUGGAGGAUCUCUCAUUUCCCCAAACCGUGUUCUGACAGCGGCGCAUUGCACUGAUGGACAAUCCGCAGGCACCCUAACUGUCCGAGCUGGAUCGUCUUAUCACAUAGCAGGCGGGCAAGUUCUCCGGGUGAAGAAUAUGCCAGCAUCCGCUCUACGACUCAGUACUUAUGACUUAUUAGAGUCAAGUUUCGUACUUGGUCCCGCAGUGAAGACAAUAGCUCUUGCUUCUUCGAGGCCAAUUGCCGGAACAAUGGGCAACGUCACUGGCUGGGGAUAUCUUGAGCCGACUGGGCCAAUUUCUGACCAACUGCAAGGAGUCCAGGUUCCAGUGGUCGAUCAGUUACAGUGCCUGGUUGCAUAUGUUCCUUUGCCAAUAACCGAUACGAUGAUGUGUGCAGGUUACCUCGGUGAAGGCGGGAAAGAUGCUUGCAAGGGUGACUCAGGAGGGGCUCUUGUCGUUGGAUCUGCGCAAGUUGGAAUUGUAAGUUGGGGAAAAGGUUGUGGAUACUACAGGUAUCCCGGGGUUUACACGUAUGUUGGGAGCAUCCUUGAGCACAUUAAAAAUUGUGAGUAAUUUCCGUUCGUGGGAAAUGCUAAAUUUUGUCGCAAUAUUUUCUAAAAAAAAUAAAGUGACAUUAAGCAAUUACUCCUAGCCUAGGAGUCCUAGGAAAAA